GGUGAGUUUCCUAGCCCUUUCUUAUAUAUAUCUCUCUCACUUAUUUAUGCUAACUUGCCUAGUCAGCGGUAUACUCAAAGGAUAUGAUCAGCUGAUGAACCUUGUCUUGGACGAUGUUAAGGAAACAAUGCGAGACGAGUCUGGAAAUGAGACGACCCGUUCACUUGGCUUGAUAGUCGCUCGCGGCACUCUGCUCGUGCUCAUUUCGCCCGCCGAUGGCAGUGAGGAGAUCGCAAACCCCUUCUUGCAGCAGGAAGAGUGAUGGCUUCUUUGAACCUCAGCUGAUGACUGUUUGAAAUGACUGGCGAUGAGAAAAUGAAUAGAAAUUUAAAUUUAUAGUUACUAAAUACGUGA